UGAAAUGAUCCUCGUUCCCGGAAGUAACCCAGUAAUUUAUUUUUCAUUCUCAAACGUCAUUGUUGUUUUCACGCGUUUUCUCUCUAAUAAUAAACGUAAUUCUGUUCAGCGUUUAUGGCAUAUAUUUGUGAUUAAAAACCCCGUCAGCACGGGCCCGGUCUCUGGUAUAAGCCCGUGUGUCGGUGUGGUGUCGAGUAGUUGUGUGUCUGUAGCAGUGUAGCAGUGUAGCAGUGUGUCAGGGCUCGAUCCUCUGAACACAUGAGUGUUUCUCUGGUUGUGAUCAGACUCGAGCUCGCUGAUCAGUCUGAUUCCCCGCACGGCUUUCAGUACUGCGCCGUUUCAGAGAUGUCAGAGGACGAGAUGAGAGAGAAAGCGCUGGCCUCUGCCAGAGCGACGCUGGGUGGUAAAACGGAGCUGGAGCGAUCGGUCAUUCUGCACCAGCACCUGGGCAGCCGCGUCAUGAGCGACAUGGUGAUCGAGACCUUCCAGCCCAACGCAGGAGCUGAGGACACUAAAGAAGAUCUGAAGUCCACAGCUGAUGUAAACGGAGAAGACAAAGAUCAAACGGACGCGAGUGUGACUCCAGACUCUCCCUCCAAACAGCUGCCAGAUCAGAUCUCAUUCUUCAGCGGAAACCCGUCAGUGGAGAUCGUCCACGGCAUCAUGCACCUCUACAAAACUAAUAAGAUGACGUCGCUCACAGAGGACGUGCGGCGCAGUGCGAUGCUGUGCAUCCUCACUGUACCCACCACCAUGACCAGCCACGACCUCAUGAAGUUUGUGGCUCCCUUCAAUGACGUCAUGGAGCACAUGAAGAUCAUCCGGGACUCCAUGCCCAACCAGUACAUGGUGCUAGUCAAGUUCAGGAGUCAGGCUGAUGCCGACAGCUUCUACACAACAUGUAACGGCCGUCAGUUCAACUCCAUUGAGGAUGCUGUCUGCCAGUUAGUCUAUGUGGAGAGAGCGGAAGUCAUCAAAUCUGAGGAGGGGGCCAGUUUACCUGUGAUGGAUCUGACUGAGCUGCCCAAGUGCACCGUGUGUUUGGAGCGCAUGGACGAGUCCGUCAACGGCGUGUUGACCACCCUGUGCAACCACAGCUUUCACAGCCAGUGUCUGCAGAGAUGGGAGGAUGCAUCGUGUCCUGUGUGUAGAUACUGUCAGACUCCUGAACCAGUGGAGGAGAACAAGUGUUUUGAGUGUGGAGUCCAAGAGAAUCUGUGGAUCUGUCUCAUCUGCGGUCACAUCGGCUGCGGACGCUACGUUAGUCGUCAUGCCUACAAGCACUUUGAGGAAACGCAGCACACUUACGCCAUGCAGCUGACCAAUCACAGGGUCUGGGACUACGCUGGAGAUAACUACGUUCAUCGGCUUGUUGCCUGUAAAACCGACGGGAAGAUGGUGCAGUACGAGUGUGAGGGCGACACGUGUCAGGAUGAGAAGAUCGAUGCGCUGCAGCUCGAGUAUUCAUAUUUAUUAACCAGUCAGCUGGAGUCUCAGCGCAUUUACUGGGAGAAUAAAAUAGUUCAUCUGGAGAAAGACACAGCGGAGGAGAUCACCAACAUGAAGGCCAAAUUCAAGGAGACGAUUGACAAGUGUGACAGUUUGGAGCGGAAACUAAAUGAACUCAUCAAAGAAAAACAAUCCAUUGAAAAGAAAUGUUCACAGCUGAACACCAAAGUGGUGAAGCUCAGUCAAGAGCUGCGGGAGGAGCAGGAGAUGAACCGAUGCCUGCGAGCCAAUCAGACGCAGCUCCAGGCGCAGCUGCAGGAGGAGGAGAGGAGGGCUCACGAGGCGGGGGCCAAUAAAGACGGCCAGAUCGCCGAGCUGCAGGAGCAGCUGCGAGACGUCAUGUUCUACCUGGAGACGCAGCAGCAGAUCGACCGCAUGCCGGCAGACACCCGGCAAGAAAUCCAAGAGGGUCAGAUCAACAUUGCUGCGGCCCCUGCCGCCCCGCAGCCCGGGCCCUCGGCCCACGGCACCGGCAAACUGAGCGGCCGCAAGGGACGAUCCAAGAGGGGAAAGUAGCGAAAGACAUUGUGCUUAGUACAUUCAGUGCUUAACGUAUGGCAGAAAUGUUGCACAGGAAAUGAGGAAGUUUGAAUAAUCACCCUUCCUCAUGUUAGAAGCUCUAAUAUAUAACAAUUUGUUCACUAAUAUCUCGCAUGAGGACACCAGUUCUGCUUAGAAAUGUAGCUCAACCUGUUUUUUUAUGAAAACAAAGUGCUGUUCUUGUCGCACAAUUUUAUUUUCGUAUCUUUUUAGUGUCCUCACAGCUGGAAGGUGGCAGUUUUUUUUAUUUACUUUAUGUUUGUAGAAAUGAUUGAAUAUUGCUUUCUGCGACUCUGACAGAUGAAUCCCACAAAAGCAUGUUUGUGUCAUGUUCCGUUGAAGAAAAAAAAAGAAAUUAUAUUUUGCUGUAAUGCAUCCGGAUACUCAUUUCUGCUAAUUGUUUUUAAAAAUUGCAUUAAAAAAAAAAAUAUAUAUAUAUAUAUAUUUUUUUAAAUGCAAAUUUUAAAAACAAUUUGCUAUAUAUAUAUAUGGAAAUCCCUUUCUGGCGAGGAAAAAAAAAAACACGUUUCUGCAAUAAAAUCAGAAUAUUUCUGACAAAAAAAUUAAGGAAAAGAUUUGUCAAAAUAGCAAGAUGUCUCAUAUUUUUUCUCAGAAUUCUGAAUUUAUCUCACAAUGCUGUUUUUUUUUUAUGGAAUAAAAAAACAAAGUAAUUGUGACUUUGGGAAAAGUUGUCAGAAUUGUGAGAUAUAAACUCAUAUCACUCAAAAUAUAUAAACACAAAUAAAUGGCUGAAUCAGGCUUCCAUACUAAUAAUUUUUAGUAGUCCAAUAAAUACUACUAAAUAAUUACAUUUAAACAACAAUUUAAAUAAUAUGCCUUUUUUUUUGCAUUAUAGUAAUAAAAAAAAGUUGUUACACUAAGAAUUGGGGUGAUGAUGUAGCCUAUAUAACUAAUGAAUAUAAUAGGCUACGCCUCAUAAUAGGCUGCAUUCAUUUUAUGCAAAAUAUAAUUUCUUAGUUUUUUUUUUUUGCAUCAGGCUGAAAUUGACAUUUUUGAUGAGAUUCACCUCAUUGUGAGCAGUAUUAUGAUGGCAGGUCGCAGGUGUGGUAUUGUAAUUCACCAUCACAAUGACUUGAUGCACAGAAAGGCGCUUUUGUAGUGAAAGGGUUCGUCGCUUCAUGAUGUUAUUUGGUUAAUAGACGCACAUUGUACAAAAUCAUGUGGCUUUUGUCAUGUUUCACUCCCACAUCCACCCACUUAUUUUUAGUAGGUUAUACACUCUCUCUUUGUAUUGAGACAUUUCUCUGGUUUCCACACCCUUCUCGUCGGCUGGAGGCUAUUAAUAACUUUUGACAAGAAAAUGCAUGCAACGAACCGCAAGCAUUUAAACACCCUUAAAAUGUGUGUUUGUCAAACUGUUAAAGCUACAAAUAAAAGUUAUUCUGAGGCAACUUCACUAGCAAAGAGCUACUAAAGAAAGUAAGCAAGAAAGAUGAGGGUUAAAAAAAGUAAGUUAUAUAUUAUACAGACAUUUUUACUCACUUAUAUCGCUGUGUGGUGAAACAGGUUAAAAACAACAGGCCGUUGCCAAUGGAGACGAGUCUUCGGUUCGCCGGAUAAACUACUUUUGUGAACAAACGGCUUGUUGGUUAAUAAACGGACAGCCUGUUCGUUAAUCUUUAACGUGUUUGACAUUAAUUUAUUUUUGGGAGUGAGCUAUAUUUGGAGCUUACCACGAAAAAACACUGUCAGGUCAACUGACAACUGACAAAAGUCACUGACAACUUUGCGACAGGUAUUAUUCGGUUUACGGCACAACUCAUUUAUAUUCAUCCGCAAGUGAUCAGCAAUCAUACAACUCGGAAAGCGACUGAUUCAGGUAAGUAUAAAUUAUGUAAUAAUUUUAUAUAUUAAUAUAAUUACACACUUUUAAAUGUAUUUUCGAAAAUAUUAUAUAGCCUACAUUUACAAAAAAAUUGUGUUGAGAAAUUACGUGAUUAUAACUAAUAUAUACAUUUAAAUCGAGUUAUUUUUUAUCUAAAAUUUAAAUUAUGUACAUUUAUAUGAAACAUACAAUUUUAAUUAUUGAAGAAAUUAAUGUUUGUUUGGAAGGGUCAAAAUCCCGUAGCCUAUUAAAAUACAAAAGCAAACCAAAGAUCAAAUAUUUUUUGAAGUCAACAUGAAAUAGAAAGCCUUUCCGCCCAUAAUGUGAUUAUUUCCGUGAAACAUACUUUUAAAUUAUAUUUAUGUAUUCUAUACAUUUAUAUAUUAUUUGAAUAGAGGAAAUUAAUAAAUCAGAAAGCAAUUCAAAUAAGUGAUUAUAAAUAGUAUAAACUAUUUUAUUUAUUUUUUAAAUAUAAAUGGAUUUGCUUAAACAGCAACUAAUUUUCCACUCGAUUUGGUUACUUCUGUAAAACAAGAUAUUUAAGAGAGAGAGAAAAAAAAAAUGUAGCCAGGUGACUGGAGGAAAAUUGCUGAACUGAAAAUUGUAAAAUUCAAAAAACAAUUCAAUUAUGUAAUUAUACAAUAAUUAUGUACUUUUAAAUUUAGUUUAAUAUAUAAAUUUAGGUUAUAUACAAUUGGAAUAAUUAUUAAAAGAAAUGAAUAUUUGACUAGAAGGAUCGAAAUCCUGUAGCAAACAAAACAGAGCGCAUUUUUACAGAAAUUGGCAAAUAAAACCAAUAAAUCCUGCACAAAUCUGAAAAUGUCCACACAAAAACGAAGGCCUGACACAAGAGCACAAAUACAAUGUGGAACGAGCAUACUCACUCAUGUACAUACACACCAUUCAUAUCUGCUUAUUGCAGUUGUUUUUUGUUUUCUUUUUCUUGGUGUUGGUUUUAUUUACAUUUAAGUAAAAUAAAAUUGUUUUGAUUUUAGAUUAAAAAAAUUAAAAUGUGCCUGCAAUCAAGUUUUAGUCGCAACUUGUGUGGCAUUUCUGCAAAUUUAUGUGGCAUUAUUGCAAAAGCGGGCACUUCAAAAUACCUCGGACAACAAAAACGAAUUCUAACCUUUGAGAAAUAUAUAUAUAUAUAUAUGUAUUUUAUAAUGUUUCAAUAUAUAUUUACAAAAUAUAUAUCAGAAAUGUUGUGGGAGGAACUCUAUGGGUCUCUGCUGUGCUGAAUAUGUGGUCAUUACACUAUUCUUUCAAAAACUGUGAUUUCAAGUUUUUCUCCAAACAGCAGAUGGCAGAAUUCUACACUUAACACCUAGAUCAACAUCCAGAAGCAACUUAAAUCAAAUUUAGAUAAUCAUUUAAGUGAUAUUUUUUUCAUUAAAAAAUUAAAAAACACAUGCAAGCUAAUGGUGUAGUUGAGGAAUUUUGUGGUAAAUAGGUACAAAAGUUACUCCCAAAACACAGCAUUAAUGUAUAGAUGAGAAGUAAACAAAAACAAACAAACAACAAAAAUAAAUAUAUUAUUUGUAUGAUUAAAAAUGUAUAUAUUUUUCACAAUUACUCUUUCAAUGUCUGGGGUCAUAUUGACCCCAAGGACCUUAAGUGUAAACAGGAAACGAGGGUUAAGGUCAACAUUAAUUAAUGCAAUGUUAAAUCAUUCACAAUGAAACCAGCAACAUGUAAUUUUUGAUUUACAUGUUGAUUUUAAAGAUAAAGCAAGCUGCGUGAAUGCAAAAUAAAUAAAUAAUAAUUCAAAAGCAGGCACAGCAUGUGUAACAUUUACUUUUUUAUUUAAAAAACUCCUUUUCACAUUCCAGUGUUUUUGUUUGUAUUUUCUCGAUUUCCCUAACAAAAGAAUUCAUCAGCCGACACACUUCCAACCACCUCUUGACCAUCUCCAAACGACCUCCUCAGUCCAGAAGCGCCUGUGGUCCUCGAGCUUUGUGACGGCGAGGACACCAAACGAGCCCUUCAGUCCCGGUGCGACGCAAGAACAGCCGCUCUUUGCACAACCUGUCCUGUAUCCCGUCGUGUUGGAUCAAAAUAAAAUUAAAAAAAAAAAAAAAGAGAAAA